AUGCCGAUUCUGCUCCGGUCCUGCUGCGAAUACGAGGCAUACUUGGGUGAGGAGUCCGUGGAGAGAUCCAUCCUGGCCCUGACCACUCAGUUCGACCUUGUGGCGAUCACUGAGAGACUGAGUGAAGGACUGGUGACCCUCGGCCGCAUGUAUGGACUUUCGGCCUCUGAAAUCGCGGCCAUUGGUCGCCGCGUCGGCCACAAGAACGAGGGCAGCAGGCGGGGGAGACAGGGUUUUUCAGGGUUUCAGUCCCUGAACCCUAAAACCCAAACCCUAAACCUAAACCCUAAACCCUAA